GGCGCAUCGGCGGGUCCUAAACGUGAGCCUAAAAAAAGAGAAGAAGAAGGAGAAGAAAAAAAACCUGUUCGCUGUCUCCCGUUGGCCUCGGAUGUACUCGCUGGAAUACCCGAAGAAGACGGAGGGAAAACGGAGAACUUAACGGCGGGUCGCCCCCACCCACGCACCGAGAGAGGAGUGUUGACGCGAUGGCGAUAAUAAAUCAUGCGCUCCCUCGACCACGAAGCUACGUUAGCCCAACUGGAAACAAGCUAGCAAGAAAGGAGCCGCAACGUGCCGGUAGUGUGGACACCUUUUGAGAAGAGUCGCGUGAGUUUGCAAUUUCCAUCAGCAGCCCGAGGAAGACGUGAACCGCCGACGCUAUGCACAUCUGACACGCGUGACCGAGGGCCGGGCAGGCGUUGCUGAGGAUGAUUGGUCUGGUGCGCUGAAGAUAGAUGGUGUGGGAAUGAUGGACCUCACCAAUGGCCGGUCAGGCAGCAUCAUCACCACCACCGCUGCAACACUCUCUGAGAAGAGCAGCAGCGCCGAGUCUCUCAGCGAUAAGGGCUCUUCGGACCUGAAGAAGAGUUUUGACGCCGUUGUGUUCGAUGUGCUGAAGGUCACUCCCGAAGAAUAUGCAAGUCAGAUCAUGCUCAUGGAUGCUCCCGUGUUCAAGGCCAUCCAGCCAGAGGAGCUGUCGAGCUGCGGCUGGAACAAGAAGGAGAAGCACAGCUCCGCCCCAAAUGUCGUGGCCUUCACUCGCAGGUUCAACCAGACGAGUUUCUGGGUGGUACGAGAGAUCCUCCACGCCCAGACGUUGAAGAUCAGAGCCGAGGUGCUGAGUCUGUACAUUCGCACCGCCAAGAAACUGUGCGACAUGAACAACCUCCACGCCGUCAUGGCCGUGGUGUCGGCGCUGCAGAGCGCCCCCAUCUUCAGGCUGGCCAAGACCUGGGCGCUGCUGAGUCGUAAGGACAAGGCGACGUUUGACCGGCUCGACUACCUGAUGUCCAAGGAGGACAACUACAAACGUCUGAGGGACUUCAUCAGCAGCCAGAGCAUGGUGUCCUGCAUCCCGUACCUAGGGAUGUACCUGUCCGACCUGACCUACAUCGACUCGGCCUACCCGUCCACGGGCAGCAUCCUGGAGAGCGAGCAGAGGUCCAACCUGAUGAACAACAUGCUGCGCAUCAUAUCGGACCUGCAGAGGUCCUGUACCUACGAUGUCACGGUGUUGCCUCACGUCCAGAAGUACCUCAACUCGGUCCGCUACAUCGAGGAGCUGCAGAAGUUCGUGGAGGACGACAAUUACAAGUUGUCGCAGAAGAUCGAGCCGGGCACCAGCACGCCGCGGGCAAGCGCCCCCAAAGACGAUCACGUGGGCCAGGAGGCGUCGGCGUCGCCUCUCUGCGGCCACAAAUAUACGAUAGCGGCCGAGGCCACCAAGGUCCCCGCCACGCCGCCGUCCCCCAGGAAGCUGCUGCCCUACGGACACCGCAAGUGCCACAGCCUGGGCUACAAUUUCAUCCACAAGAUGAACACGGUGGAGUUCAAGAGUGCCACGUUCCCCAACGCCGGCUCCCGCCACCUGCUGGACGACAGCGUGAUGGAGAGCCACAGUCCCACCAGGGGCCACGCGGAGAGCUCCACCCUGUCCAGCGGGAUUUCACUCGGGAGCAGCGAGGGCUCCGAGCUCAGCGAAGAGGUCACCUGGCCGGCGUUCGAGAGGACUCGGUUCUAUCACUCUCUGGGCCCGGUGACCCGCAUCCCCUACAGAGGAGUCCUGAGGUCCAGCAGCUCGGCGGAGUCGGAGGAGCUCGCGGUUCACUUGUACCCCGGAGCGGUCACGGUGCAGGGCGUGUUGAGGAGGAAGACGAUGAUGAAGGAGGGCAAGAAACCAACAGUGGCGUCGUGGACCAAAUUCUGGGUCGCUCUUUGCGAAACACAGCUCUACUACUACCCGGCCAAGUCCCUGAAGGCCACGGAGAGGAAGCAUUUCAAGUCGACGUCCAGUAAGAGUGUGUGUGUGGUGGGACUGAUGGCCAUCAUGGCCGACGACCCCGAGCAUCCCGACGUCUUCUUGCUGACGGACGCCGAGCAGGGUAACACCUACAAGUACCAAGCGGGGAACCGGAUGAACGCCAUGCUGUGGUUCAAACACCUGAGUGCUGCCUGCCAGAGCAACAGGCAACAGGUGCCAGCCAAUCUGAUGUCAUUCGAGUGACCGGCGCUGAGGAGUGUGACUGAGCAAAUGGAGAGGAGGAUGGAGAGGAGGAUGGAGAGGAGGAUGGAGAGGAGGAUGGAGAGGAGGAUGGAGAGGAGGAUGGAGAGGAGGAUGGAGAGGAGGAUGGAGAGGAGGAUGGAGAGGAUGGGGAGGAGGAGUGUUGUACCAGUAGUGGAGCUUUCACUGCCAUGAGUCCUGACCGACGAUUCUCCGAUUCUUGCCCCACUGCAGCCUCACCUGCCACCACUGCCGUAACCAGAGCACCCUGGGGUGUGUGUACGUGUAUGUAUGUGUGUGUGUGUGUGUGUGUGUGUGUGCACUGACUACCGAACAUGAACUGCACCACUGCUCCUGCCUCCCUUUUGCUCUCGGCGUCUUUUUGUUUUUACGCUCCUCUCCUCCUCUCUCCUCUCUUCUCCCUCCUCUCUCCUCCUCUCCUUUCCCGCAGACAUAAAUAACCCUCCUCUGUU